AUAUCUGUAAGAUCGGUAGCUAAAGCUAUAGAUGUACCAGUUUGGGUUGAAAGACCAACUAUAGAUGUUAAAAUCUGUAUGUUUAAUAGACUCUAUCAAGAUACUAUAGUUGUUAAUAACAGAGCCACUACAGCUUUGAGAUUAAAAUUUGAAAUUUGUAAAGAAUUAGAAAAUCAUUUAGAAUUAUUACCUAAAACAGGUUAUAUACAGGCCCAGGCACAGUUUUCAGCUCAACUUAAAUUUCUACCAAGACCAAGUUUAUUUGAAGAAAGUUGUAAAUAUUUUGAUAAAGAAACGGGUGUUUUAGAAGCUCCAAUGACAAUCAGAGUAGCUGAUCAG